CCACCGGAAAAGGUGUUGACGCAGAUUGUUGUCAACAGCACCGAUCGAGUCUCCGGUGCAGUCAGACGCCACACAGCCUGUCGGGUGAAAACAAAGCUUUACAGUCACGGACUCUGGCUGCUGCUCCGUGGUAGACACAGCUUUGUGUGUGAGAGAGACUUCGGUGUGAGUGGGUGAGUGUAGCGUCCUUCCACAGUGGGUGUGAUGUCUUCAGAGCUGCUGGUAGAAUUGGGUGAAGACCCUGCGACUGCACAGCUAGGACAGCUGAAGCUGACCACCAUCGAGGACCAGCAGUGGCCCCCUGAUGAGUCCACUCUCACAAAGUCAGAGACUGAUGUCUCCCAGCGCUUCGACGCCGGCUCUCCUCACCUCCCGUGGGACCAUCCGUUCUAUGACAUCGCCAGGCAUCAGAUCAUUGAAGUGGCAGGUGAUGAUAACUUUGGCAGGAAGGUGAUCGUCUUUAAUGCAUGCAGGAUGCCUCCACACCACCAACUGGACCAUCACAAGCUGCUGAUGUAUCUUAAAGGAACACUGGAUCAGUAUGUUGAAAGUGACUACACACUGAUCUAUUUCCACCAUGGGCUGACCGGGGAAAACAAACCCUCUCUCAGCUGGCUACGAGACGCAUACAGAGAGUUUGACAGAAAGUACAAGAAGAACAUCAAGGCUCUGUAUAUCGUUCAUCCCACCAUGUUCAUCAAGACUCUGCUGUUCCUCUUCAAACCAAUCAUCAGUUUUAAGUUUGGCAGGAAGAUCAACUAUGCGAGCUACCUGAGUGAGCUGGAGGACGUGGUGAAAUGUGAGCAGCUGCUCAUUCCUGCCCGCGUCAAAGAGUACGACAACAAGUUAAGAGCGUCACUGAAACCCACCGGCCAGCCCCCCACGUCUCCUCUCCACAGCCCCCCCCUCCCCAACCAGGUGUUUGGGGUGCCACUAGCAAUACUGAGACAGAGGAAUCCAGAUGAGGAUCCUAUUCCCUUGGUGAUGAGAGACACCAUCAGCUUCCUUUCAGAGCAAGGUUUGGAGAUUGAAGGGAUCUUCAGACGGUCUGCCAAUGUGACUCUGGUGAAGGAGGUCCAGCUCAGAUACAACUCAGGUGAGCCAGUGAGUUUCACAGAGAUGGAAGACAUCCACUUGGCUGCUGUGAUUUUGAAGACAUUCCUGAGGGAACUGCCUGAGCCUCUGCUGACCUACCAGCUCUACAACGACAUCAUCAACUUCACUUCUGUUUCCAGUGACAGCCAGAUGGCCCUUAUGAAGACUCUGGUGGAGUCGCUGCCAGAGGAAAACGCUGCAUCACUUCGGUACCUCGUCACAUUCCUGGCACAGGUAUCAGCCAACAGUGAAGUGAAUAAGAUGACCAACAGUAACCUGGCUGUGGUGUUUGGUCCUAACCUGCUCUGGGGGCGGGACAACGCCAUGUCACUCAGCGCCAUUGGGCCAAUCAACAACUUCACCAGAACCCUGCUGGACCAGCAGCAUCUGGUCUUUACCUAAAUCCUGCCCCUUCACCCUGCAGUCUCUCGUCCAGUCCCAAACACCAUAUUCCAUUAUAACACUAGAUCCUGUGGACCAAUUACAUUUCAUUUAGUUUCCAUCAGUCUUUACAUUCUGAUUGGCCCCUUAGCAGUGUCUUCUUGUUAUGUCAAGCAGUCUGGACUGCUGCUAGCUUCUGGCCCUCAUGUCCAUGUGACUCCAGGCAUGUGGGUGCCAAUGGUACUUAUUGGAAUGCAGCCAAAUAACGUUAAAUAAACAACAUAUAGCACACAAUUUAACUGCAAAUAAGUUGUUGACAUAGCAUCCACUCACGGGGUCACUUUGGUCUGACUGGAGAUCAAAGUCUGCUAAUUUUUUUUUUUGUCAUUUUGAGAAGUCAACAGUGCUGUCUCAUAAUCAGUAAUCAUUAAACAAAUAAAAAAGUAGCUGAUACGAGGUGAAAAAGUCACUCCCAGAUUUUGUUGCAGCAUUUUCUUUCUCAAGAGACCUUCAACAAAAUGUGGUCAGAAUCAAAGAAAUUGGUCACUUUGGUCAAUCUCCAAAAGCCCUGGAUCCUACAUUUCCCAUAAUGCAGCUUAAUAGUAUUCUAUCAGACCCUAACCCUGCCAGGUAAAUCCAGUCUGUUCUAGAUGUGUAGUCACGUGAGUGUAUCUUUCAGGACAUCAAUGCACUCAAGUCAAAUAUGUAUCAAUUCUGUCACAUUGUACAUUUGUGACUCUUCCACCACAUCAUUCCACCACAGCAACCCUUCAAACAUGCAUGUGUUUCUACCUGUUUCAGUGUCUCAGGCUCUUCCUCGUCUUUGCUCCUGUAGGCAGACUCAUAGCAGUUGGACUUGGAUGUCUCCGGUCUGUCUCUGUAUACAUGUGCUGUGUUGUUGUCUCUCUGUUGUUUCUAUGAAGUGUCAAAAAGUGUUGUGUAGCUUUCACAGAGAGAGCAG